UGAAAUUUCAAAUUUGAAAUUUCAAACAGUAAAUUUGAAGUUUCACUGUUCAAAACUUCAAAUACUCAGAAUAAAGAUGUAUAUAAAAAAUAAUCUACCUGUAGCGCGCGUUCUAGAAAAUAAUUUUUAUGAUUAUUCUUCAGUUUAUUUUCAAUUUUUGAAAAAAUCUCUCCAUCUAGGCCUAGCGCCCGAUUCAAGUCCAACUAGUUUCCGAGCAAAGGUAAUUUACUAAUAUCGAUGGUGACAUUACGAGUUAAAGCAGUUUCUUCGUUGUAGUGAGAAUGGUGAAAUUGCUAUAGAACCCAGAAGUCUCAAACAAUCUCUGAUCAGACACUGUUGUUUGUCUGAAAGCAAAGACAUGAGCAUCACGAAACUUAUACGCUCCAAUGCGUUCAAACCAAUCCCAAAUUUCGUCAGAAGCUCUCUACGUUACGCUUGUGUCGAGUCGAAUCAAAACACAGACGGUCCUUACAGACCCAAGAAGCAUCACAUUCUAGCCACAGAUCUAAUCGUUUCGUAUUUCGAAAAAGGCUUAUUCGAAGAAGCACGAUCACUGUUCGACGAAAUGCCUGAGAGAGACGUAGUUGCUUGGACCGCAAUGAUCACCGGUUACGCUUCCUCCGAUCACAACGCUCUCGCUUGGGAGUGUUUCCGAGAGAUGAUCAGGCAAGGAACGGACCCGAACGAGUUCACGCUCUCGAGCGUACUCAAAUCUUGUAGAAACAUGAAGGUUUUGGCCUAUGGUGGUUUGGUUCAUGGAGUUGUGGUUAAAAUCGGUAUGGAAGGUUCUCUAUAUGUUGACAACGCCUUAAUGAAUAUGUACGCUACUUGUUCUUCGACAAUGGAAGCUUCUUGUUCGAUUUUUCGGGAUAUCAAGGCGAAAAACGAUGUCACUUGGACUACUCUAAUCACCGGGUUUACGCAUUUGGGUGAUGGCAUUGGCGGUUUAAAGAUGUAUAAGAAAAUGUUACGGGAGAAUGCAGAGGUGACGCCUCACUGUAUAACAAUAGCGGUUAGAGCUUCUGCUUCGAUUGAUUCCGUUACAACGGGAAAGCAGAUCCAUUCGUCGGUGAUUAAACGCGGGUUUCAGUCUAACCUUCCGGUGAUGAACUCUGUUCUGGACUUGUAUUGCAGGUGUGGGUAUAUAACAGAUGCGAAACGCUAUUUCCUUGAGAUGGAAAAUAAAGAUUUAAUCACAAGGAACACUCUUAUAUCCGAGCUCGAGAGAUCAGACAGCAGCGAAGCUCUGGUCAUGUUUCAGCGGUUUGAAUCGCAAGGCUUUGUGCCGAAUUGCUACACUUUCACAAGCUUAGUCGCUGCUUGUGCCAAUAUAGCGGCGUUGAACUGUGGCCAGCAGCUUCAUGGAAGGGUUUAUAGAAGAGGGUUUAACAAGAACGUUGAGUUAGCUAAUGCUUUGAUUGAUAUGUAUGCUAAAUGCGGCGACAUACCGGGAUCUAAAAGAGUAUUCAGCGAAAUCGAGGAGAGGAGGAAUCUUGUUUCUUGGACUUCGAUGAUGAUUGGGUAUGGAUCACAUGGUUAUGGAGAAGAAGCUGUUGAGCUUUUCGACAAAAUGGUUAGUUCCGGUAUUAGACCAGACCGGAUUGUGUUCAUGGCGGUUCUUAGCGCUUGCCGCCAUUCCGGUCUUGUUGAGAAAGGGUUGAAGUACUUUCAAGUGAUGGAGAAAGAGUACGGCGUAAAUCCGGAUCGAGAAAUUUACAACUGUGUGGUGGAUUUGCUUGGAAGAGCUGGGAAAAUCGACGAGGCUUAUGAGUUGGUAAAGAGGAUGCCGUUUAAACCGGAUGAAUCCACUUGGGGAGCGAUUCUUGGUGCUUGUAAAGCGCAUAAACUUGCGGGAGUGAUAAGCAGAUUAGCUGCAAGAAAGGUUAUGGAGUUGAAGCCGAGAAUGGUGGGGACAUAUGUGAUGCUUUCGUAUAUCUAUGCAGCAGAAGGGAAGUGGGAAGAUUUCGCUAGAGUGAGGAAGAUGAUGAGGAUAAUGGGGAACAAGAAAGAAGCUGGUAUGAGCUGGAUUCAAGUAGAGAACCAGGUUUUUAGCUUCGCUGUGAGCGAUAAAGCGUGUCCUGAUUCGGAUUCUGUGUAUUCGAUCUUGGGUUUAGUGAUAGAGGAGACUAGAGAAGCUGGCUAUGUUCUUGACUUAGACUCCUUAGUUCAUGAUCAAGAAGUAUGAAACAGAAAGACAUAAAUGUGGCUUCUGAUUUCUACCAUUUAAGAUGAAGAUCAAGAAAGUAAAGAUGAAUAUGACAAGAAGGAGUGAUGAAGAACACAGAAUCUGAAAAAGGUAGACUUUUUCUUGAUUUCAACGAAUCUCUUUAUGCAUAGAUACUGUAAUGGAGAGUGGUCCUACUUACAAAAGAACAAACUUCACCAUACCUCGUUUUAGAUCAGGUAUGGCUAACUUUGGUUCAGAACAAUCGUAAAUCGCCUCAACGGAUCAUAUAUUGUUGGCCUAUUUAUAGCAUAACUUCUCUUUCUUGAGUUUAUGCUUUGAUUUGUCAUAGUUUGAAAGAAAUUGUGAAGAAAUGG